AUGGACUACCAAAAUCGAGCCGGCUCCAAGUUUGGCGGCGGCGGCGUCGCCUCGCACUCGGCCACCAACGCCGACCGCCGCGAGCGCCUGCGCAAGCUCGCCCUCGAGACGAUUGACCUCGACAAGGACCCCUACUUCUUCAAGAACCACGUCGGCACGUUCGAGUGCCGCCUGUGCCUGACGGUGCACCAGAACGACGGCUCCUACCUCGCGCACACGCAGGGCAAGAAGCACCAGACCAACCUCGCGCGGCGCGCCGCCCGCGAGCAGCGCGAGGGCAAGGCCGCCGCCGCCGGCAUCGACCCGGCGACCGGCCUGCCCGCGUCCGUCGCGGCCGGCAUCCACAGCUCGCGGCGCAACAUGGUCAAGAUUGGCCGCCCGGGGUACAAGAUCACCAAGGUGCGCGACCCCAGCUCGCGGCAGCAAGGGCUGCUGUUCCAGCUGCAGUACCCCGAGGCCACGCCCGAGACGAGCCCCAAGUGGCAGGUGAUGAAUGCGUUUACGCAGCGCGUCGAGGACCCGGACAAGAACUACCAGUAUCUGCUCGUCGCGGCGGAGCCGUACGAGACGGUCGGCUUCAAGAUUCCGGCCAGGGAGCUCGACAAGCGCGAGGACAAGCAGUUUUGCUUCUGGGACCCGGACUCGAGGGAGUUUUGGGUCCAGGUCAUGUUCAUGACGGAGAGAGAGGCGCGGUUCAAUGCGGCGCCGGGCCUGGCCUCUAGGUGA